AUGUACACCCUGAACUUCGGCAUGCGGUUCCUGGCCGCAGGGGCAGCGCUCUGUGGAGUGAUGGGAGUCUCGGGACUUUCAGCGGCAGAGUGGCGCAAGCAGUCUAUCUACCAGGUUGUCACUGAUCGAUUCGCCCGCACCGAUCUUUCGACUACGGCACCAUGCGAUACCACUCACCAAGUGUACUGCGGCGGGACCUGGAGGGGACUCAUCUCGAAGCUGGACUAUAUCCAAGGCAUGGGCUUCACAGCUGUUUGGAUCUCGCCUGUUGUCAAGCAGAUUGAUGGAAACUCAAGGGAUGGAUCGUCCUAUCAUGGGUACUGGGCCAAGGACAUCUGGGCUCUGAACCCAGCGUUCGGCAACGAGGACGACCUGAAGGCUUUGUCCGCGGCGCUCCACGCGCGAGGAAUGUAUCUUAUGGUGGAUAUUGUCACCAACCACAUGGCGCACAUGGGCUGUGCUAACUGUGUUGACUAUGGUGCUCUCAGCCCCUUUUCGUCGUCUUCGUACUAUCACCCUCCCUGUUGGAUCAAUUACAACAGCCAAACUUCAGUCGAACAAUGCUGGCAAGGAAGCGACACCGUCAGUCUCCCAGAUCUUCGGACUUCAGACCCCAAUGUGCGUCGGAUUUGGAACGAGUGGAUUUCUCACCUUGUUUCUACCUAUUCCAUUGAUGGUCUACGAGUCGACAGUGCAAAGCAUGUCGAGACAUCGUUUUGGUCUGGAUUCAAUGCCGCGGCGGGCGUAUACUUGACGGGUGAGGUGUACCACGGCGACGCUCUUUAUGUCGCGCCAUACCAAAACUACAUGGAUGGCGUCCUUGAUUAUCCUAGCUACUAUUACAUUCUCCGGGCUUUCCAGUCCACCAGCGGUAGCAUCAGCGCGCUCGUGGCUGGUCUCGAUACCAUCAAGGGCGUUGCGAAGGAUCUCAGUCUUUGGGGCUCGUUCCUAGAGAAUCACGACGUAGAGCGCUUCGCUUCCUUUACCAAGGAUAUGGCGCUGGCAAAGAAUGGAAUCGCUGUCACGAUGCUGAAGGAUGGUAUCCCCAUCAUCUACCAGGGACAAGAGCAACACUAUGCCGGCACAGGAACCCCCAACAAUCGCGAGGCUGUCUGGUAUUCGGGCUACUCGACCAGCUCGGAACUCUACCAAUGGAUCACCAAGCUUAACCAGAUUCGGUCGCACGCCAUCUCGCAAGACUCGAAAUACCUCACUUAUAACGCCCACACCAUCUACUCAGACAGCCGCACCAUUGUUCUUCGAAAGGGGUUCACAGGAGCUCAGAUUAUCGGUGUUUACACCAACGCCGGCUCCUCCUCGUCGGUGCCUGUUACCCUGGUCUCUUCGGCCACUGGCUUCACCCCCAACCAGGCCUUGAUUGAUGUCAUGAGCUGCACCCCUUACAGCACAGAUGGAGGUGGUGGUAUCACCGUCACGCUCAAUGGCGGUGUUUCAAGGGUGCUCUACCCAGCCUCUCGCCUCGCCGGAAGUGGCAUCUGCCCUUCCCUGACUGGCCCGCCGACCGCGACAUCAACGACCGCUGCCCCACCUGCCACCCCGACAGCCAAUCCCAGCUGCUCCUUAGCCACGGUCGAUAUCACUUUCAACCACCUCGUGCCCACGUCUUUCGGCGACUCAGUCAAGGUCACUGGAAAUGUGGCCGCUCUCGGCAACUGGAACCCAACCAACGGCGUUGCGCUCAACGCAUCGCAGUACACCAACAACAACCCUCUCUGGACCGGGACUCUGAAGCUUGCCCCUGGGACCAACAUCCAAUACAAGUUUGUCAAGGUCAGCAGCUCAGGUGCGGCGUCUUGGGAGUCGGACCCCAACCGAUCUUACACUGUCCCCUGUGCGGCGGCAUCGGUGGGGAGCUCAUGGAAAUGAGCUACGAUCAACAAUCCACCGUGAUGUUGACGAUGAAUAGAAAAAUGACUUCGCGUUCGUUUGCCUAGUGUCCCCGAACCUUUUGGCCAUUUCGCUGUGACCUUGUGGGAGUGUGCGUGAAUGUCAUGUCAGCAGUGACGGAACUGUCAGGGAGAAGAGUUGAGAGAUGUGAUUGCUGCAUUUGCACUUGGAGUAAAUUGGUGAUGGAAGACUAUUUAAUGCAGGGUCUGGAUUGAACGAGUUUGGGUGAAAGGGGGCGGUUGUGGAUCCGGGAAGACCAGACGUCCAGCUCGAAAUCAACACCACCCAACUUCUGGGACACUUCGAGAUCACCUGCUUAAUGCGAGAUGGCUAGCAGUGCUGUUCUACAUCACCCGUGAUUACAGCACUUUUCGUGCUCCAUCAUCUCAGUCAUGCCAAUACUAUCAGGGUAUUCCCAAAGUUGGGUAUUCAUAUAUAUAUAUGCAUUGAUUGAGACCAAUAAAGAAACAAUGUCAUC